AUGAAGGCUAAACCAUUAACGGUGCAUUGGCACCAAGAUGAUCAGCCAAUAUAUAGUGCUGAUUUUCAGCCGAAUACGCCUGUAACCCAAGGAUUGAGUCCUCGUUUAGCAACUGCAGGCGGUGAUAACAACGUUCGGCUGUGGCAGCUCAACAUGGAGUCUCUGGAAAACGCGACCGACACGUCUGUCGCGUCAGUUGUAUACAUUGCAACAUUAGAAAAACACACACAGGCAGUAAACGUUGUCAAAUUCGAUCCCAGUGGUCGAUUUCUUGCGUCGGCCGGCGACGACGGUGUGAUCUGUAUUUGGACCUUGGCGUCCUCUGAGCCUAGAAAAAUGUUUGGAGAGGAGGAACUGGUAGAUUUGGAGUCGUGGCGAGUUCUGACUACAUGCAGAGGCACAGGGGCCGAAAUUUAUGACCUCGCGUGGAGCCCUGACUCCAAGUAUAUUGCUGCUGCUGUUAUGGACAACACUACCCGAAUUUACGCCGCAGAGACCGGGAAAUGCGUCAAGCAGCUAGCCGAACAUGGCCAUUAUGUGCAAGGAGUUGCAUGGGACCCUAAUAAUGAGUAUCUUGCUACACAAUCAAGUGACCGAACAAUGAUUGUUUACAAAGUGACUACGAAAAAUGGAGCAUUGAUAGUAGGUUCGCCACAGAGAACGACAAAACGAGAGCUUGAUGAUGGCAGACUUGCUCUGUAUCAUAACGAGACGUUCACGUCGUUCUUUAGGCGACUGGCGUUUGCUCCAGAUGGAAGCUUGUUGGUGAGCCCUGCAGGUCAGCUUCGCAACCCCCAACAACCUGAUUCAGACGUCUUCUAUAUUUUUACUCGAGCUGGACUUGGGAAAGGCCCCGCUGCAUUGGUCGCUGGCGACAAACCUAGCCUGGCGGUGGCCUUUUCACCGGUGCCCCGCAAGCUUGAGGGCUCUUCAGCCAUCGGUCUACCAUACCGCCUAAUUUAUGCGGUUGCUUUGUAUGACAGUGUUAUGAUCUAUGACACCAGCAGGGCGGCCCCCCUAGCGCAAGUGCGUAACAUCCAUUAUUCUUCAUUAACCGACCUGGCCUGGACGCCAGACGGCAACACAUUAUUUGUGACGUCCACUGACGGGUUUUGUUCUGCAUUGCUAUUCGAAUCAGGAGAAUUAGGAGAUGUUUAUGAUAGUCCACUGCUGAAUACAAAAUCUAUGGAGCCAAGAGUCACACCGUCGCCCAUUAAGCAGGCCAGUCUUGACGCGUUUGCAAAGCCAGGGACCCCAGAGAAAGUACAGACAAAGAUCCCGGCGCCAGUUUUUAGUCCGGUAACCCCAGGUGUCAAGGUUAAAAAGCGAGUGGCGCCUACUCUGAUUUCUUCAACGCCGCCUGGCGGGCCUUGA